AUGGGUAUCCAACGUGGAACUCAGGCAGCACUCGCUGGUUCCUCUAGCAGUAUCAACCCGUUGGUGCAUAAGUUUGGAUCUCUUCAAGUUCUCGACGACUUGAUCCGGUUACGUGCUGCUGAUGUCGUUCAACAUCCCAUUCUCGCCUAUCCUCGUUUCGACAACGAUGCAGGCUCCUAUGGCUACUACACUGGGAAACAUUUGGAUGCUAUGAUAAACCAAGCUAUCAUCAUGCUCAUGGAUGAUGGCUUCAAGCAGCCAACCCGAAGUCCAUCAAUCGUGGCACUUCUCACUUUGUCCGACCUUAACAUGGUGAUCACCCUUUUCGCUUUAAGUCGACUGGGCUAUACUGUAAUGAUGCUCUCCCCCAGACUCUCGGGCGAAGCUUGUGUCUCCUUGCUGGAAACGGUCAACUGCGAGUCAAUCAUAUAUGGUCAAUCCCCCAAUAUCCGUGCAACACUGGGCGAGAUCCUCCACCGGAGGCCACCGACGUCACUUGCUCUACAUCACAAUCGAAACCCUGAAAAAGUCGCCUUGAUUCUCCAUUCCUCGGGAUCAACAGGCACCCCCAAACCGCUCUUCCUCACACACAAAGCAAUCAUGACCCACCCUAUGAGAGGUCCUGGGUUUACCUCCUUCAAUACCCUGCCAUGGUAUCACCUCCAUGGGCUGUCCACCGCGUUGCAGGCAAUGUGGAUGAGAAAAACAGCUUAUAUGUGGAACGCUGCGCUGCCUUUAACCGCAGAACUCGUUGCUAGCGCCCUUAAAGAAGCUAGACCAGAAUCCGUAGCAGCGGUACCAUACAUGCUCCAAGUUUUGAUUGAUGAUCCCCGCGGCAUCACAGCGCUGAGGCAAUGCAAGUUGGUUACAUACGGAGGGGCACCCUGUCCCGAUGAGCUGGGCGAUCGACUAGUAAGCGAAGGAGUACAUUUUGGAGGUUCAUUUGGCCUCACCGAGGCUGGCCUUGUUGCAGAAUCAAUCUCCCGACCAAAAGGUGACCCAUAUUGGAACUAUUUGAAAUUCUUUGACAAUAUCCGUUCAUAUGUCUGGAUGAAGCCUAUCUCUGACUCAGGCUCGCUUUUCGAGUGCGUUUAUCUUGCUGGUCAUCCAGCAUUAACAACCUCAAAUUCAAACGAACCGCCAGGAUCCUUCCAUUCAAAAGACGUCUUCACUCCUCAUCCUACAAUUGCCGGAAGGUGGAAAUACAUCUCACGAUUAGACGAUCGAAUCAACCUAGUGAAUGGUGAAAAGGUCCUACCACUCCCGAUUGAGGGUCGCAUCAAACAACACCCUUUUGUCCACGACGCAGUUGUUGUCGGGGUUGGCAAAGCUGCUCCAGGUCUAUUAAUUUUGCGAGCAGACGAUCAGGAAGCCAACUAUCUCUCGGAUGCAAAAUACCUCAAUACAAUCUGGCCAACAAUCCAAGAAGCCAACUCCCAGGCAGAGGCUUUCUCUCAGAUCUCCCGGAAUCUGGUCGCUAUCUUGCCAUACGAUGCCAAGUUCGCUCGAACAGACAAAGGGUCCAUGAUCAGGGCACAGGUCUAUCGAGAACACAGCGAACUUAUCGAAAGCCUUUAUGCCGAGAAGGAACAUAUAUAUGGGAAUCUGCUACUUGACGUAGUGGAGACGGAGCGCAUUCUUCUUCAACUAGCCCAGCAUGAGCUUGGAAUACCCAUCUCUAGUGUCGAUGCCAAUUUCUUCUCCGAGGGCAUGGAUAGUCUUAAGGCAAUCCACUUCCGACGUCUCGUUCUUCAGCAUUUCAAGUUCCAGAUGGGUCAAGCUCCUAGUCCAAAUGUCAUAUUUGAAUCGGGCUGCAUAUCACAGUUAGCUCGGCAUAUCUGUGCAUUACAAAAGGGGGAGCUAUUCGAAGAUGUACAAAGCGAUUUAUCUGUGAUGACUGAAUUGGUCGAUAAAUACUCAGUGUUUGAGAGACACAUACCCCAGCCACAUUCUUUCUCAGGGCCGAAUAGUGUGUUUUUAACAGGAGCCACUGGAUCAAUUGGUGCCCAUGUCUUGUAUGAGCUUCUCAACGACGACUCCAUCUCCACAGUGUACUGUCUCACACGACGCGAAUCGCCACUGGAAGCAAUACUUUGCACUCUAACCGACAAAGAUCUUUUCAUAUCCCCCGAACAAAUAACAAAGAUCGUCGCCUUCAAUGGCCGUAUUGACCAGCCCGAUUUCGGUCUAUCUCUAGAUGAAAAUACAAUCAAACACAUGCUCGACACAGUCUCGCUCAUUAUUCACACAGCAUGGCCCGUGAACUUCAAUCUCCCACUGGUUGAGUUCGAACCACACAUCCAGGGCCUACACAAUCUAAUACAGUUCUCUCUGUGCGUACAGAGGCGCGAGCCUGCAGUCAUGAUGUUCUGCUCAUCCAUCUCCACCGCGCUCCGAUCUCCAUCAGCCGAGAUCCUCGAACAACCAGUCGACCUGGAUUGCGCCUUUAUGGGCUACGGUCAGUCUAAAUUGAUUGGGGAGCAAAUUGUGAGUAAGGCACGUCGCAGUGGAGCACGGGCUUAUUCUCUUCGAAUCGGCCAAGUCUCGGGUCACUCAAAGAAGGGUCUUUGGAAUGACUCUGAAGCUCUGCCAUUAAUGAUCCGGUCGGCGCUGACACUGGGUGCACUACCUGAGCUGUCACAGACAUGUUCUUGGCUUCCGGUAGACAAUCUCGCGUCGACUAUUCUUGAAUUGGCCAGGACUUGUGCUACUUCGAAUAUAGUUGGGGAAAGUCAGGCGUCCAAUUCGAGUAUGGUUGAGUACAUUGAUGACUCGAUUUUCAAUUUGUGCAAUUCUCGCGAAUUCACCUGGUCAUCUUUGCUACACGUGCUGAAGAAUUGUGGCUUCCGAUUUGAUGCUGUGCCUUUUGAAGAGUGGUUGCUAAGACUUCGUCGGAGUGAGAUGCGGGGUGAAGAACUUGUCAAUCCCGCGGUCAAGCUCAUUCAUCAUUAUGAGAUGAUGCAUGGGAAAUCAUUGCAGAAUGGGCCAAAAAGGUUCAUUACAGAGAAAGCAGAGAGGAGUAGUGUGGCUUUGCAAAAUGGCCGAUUGAGAAUUAUUGAUGAUGGCAUCUUGAGAUGCUAUGCUAAAGAUUGGUUGGCGAGGUGGACAGCAUAG